AUGCUUCACCAAAAUCUGCUUUCUCUGGCCGCUUUGGCUCUAUCGGUUUCGGCAAGCCCAGUCCCAGCAGCAGCAGACUCUUGUGCGCGACCAGCAUCAUGCCCCAGCUAUACAAUUAUCAAUGCAAGAGGCACGACUGAGCCCCAGGGCGAGUCUGUUGGCUUCACGACCAUGAACAAGAAGGUCCUUGACACGCUCGGAGGCGGCAAGAUUUAUAAUGUCGUUUACCCUGCCGACUGGACCCUCAAGGCCGAGGUUGGCACUGCCGAUAUUCUCAAAUUUGUCAAAGAGACUCUGGCCAAGAACCCCAGUGAAUGCCUGAUCCUCGAAGGCUACUCUCAGGGUGCCAUGGCUGUGGUCGGUGCCUUGAAAGAGUUUACUGCCGACCAAUCUGCUGCCGUCAAGGGCGUCUUUGUGAUUGGAAACCCGAGACACAAGCCCGGAUUGGCGUGCAAUGUGGACUUGCACGGCGGCGACUCAACCAGGGACGCCGUUGGCUUUCUCUAUGACAAGAAACAGUUUAUUCCUGAUUCUUAUGUUGGCAGAACCAUGGAUGUGUGCAACUUUGGCGAUGGAGUCUGUGAUAAGUCCCACGGGCUGGGAGUCAACGCUGAGCAUCUUGCGUAUCCUGGUGACGCACAGAUGCAGGAUAUGGGUGCCAAAUUUGUUCUCAGCAAGCUGGCUUAA